UCCACACGGAAUGAGGGAGAGCCAAACGAUCUAUCAUCUAGUCCAGCUUUCCUGUUCAACAUCGACGAUCAAACCCUCGAUUCUUCAACCAAAGCAAACCCUAGUUGACUGAUCAAUCGAUUCAAUUCAAUCCUUCUGCAAAUUUCGAUCGUUAACUAUGGGGAACACCGAGAAGCUGUUGAACCAGAUCAUGGACCUGAAGUUCACGUCGAAGUCGCUGCAGAGGCAGGCGCGCAAGUGCGAGAAGGAGGAGAAGGCGGAGAAGCUCAAGGUGAAGAAGGCGAUCGAGAAGGGCAACAUGGACGGGGCCCGGAUCUACGCCGAGAACUCCAUACGGAAGCGCACCGAGCAGAUGAACUAUCUCCGGCUCUCCUCCCGGCUCGACGCCGUCGUGGCUCGGCUCGACACCCAGGCCAAGAUGACCACGAUUAACAAGUCCAUGGGUUCCAUCGUUAAGUCGCUCGAAUCCUCCUUAGCUACUGGUAACCUGCAGAAGAUGUCUGAGACUAUGGACCAAUUCGAGAAGCAAUUCGUGAACAUGGAGGUACAGGCUGAGUUCAUGGAGAGUGCCAUGGCCGGUUCGACCUCACUCUCAACUCCAGAAGGAGAGGUGAACAGCUUAAUGCAACAGGUGGCCGACGAUUAUGGCCUCGAAGUGUCAGUGGGUCUGCCCCAGCCCGCUGCACACGCUGUGCCCACCAAGCAGUCAGAGAAGGUCGACGAGGAUGACCUCUCGAGGCGGCUCGCUGAGCUCAAGGCUAGGGGUUGAGAGGAUUUGCAUUGACCUGGUAAUGCAGGAUUUACUUGUAUGAGUUCUACUUAUAUUUUAUGUGUAAAUUUGCAACGCCGAUCAGAAUGAACUUGAGGGCAUGUAUAAACUCCAUGGCUAUGUGAGUGUAGUAGAUGUUGAUGGCUUUGCUAUACUCUCGUGGUUUUAUCUUCAUCUUUUGGUUGCAGUGUGGUAUAUAGCACCAGUGAUCUUCUCUUUUUCUGUCAAAUUGGCUGUCUUAUAUAAGUUGUGCUCAUUGGAUCUUUC